ACGGUGUUUGUGAACCAGGCCUAUUGGGAGGUGAGUUCGGCAGUAAAGCCAACGAAAGGCAUGCUUGGCUUCCUUGUCGGUGGACUCCUCUGGUUCCCAAUCCCUUUCAGUUUCGGAACUGCUUGUGGAAUGGCCUACCUUGCCCUUGGAGUGCUGAGAGGUACCGAUACACUCUCUGAAACCGACAUUGAAACUGGUUAG